UUUAGGCUCUCAUCAAAGGUGUGUUAAAUGUAAACUGUGAUAAUGGUCCUUAAAGAAACAGAAAUAGUGCAAGCUAAAAACUGAUGUUUGUAAAUUCUAAGAUCCAAACGAGACUUCAUUAGUGAAGUACUUUACUCGCAAAAAGUCUUCCACACAUUUUCUCAAUUGCAUCUUUUGGAAUCGCAUAUGCUGUUUUUUACAAUGCAGUAUGAAUGCUUACUUCAGAAAAGGAUAAGCUGAUAAUCUGUAGUACCUUCCUCUACUUUUUAAAGACGGUCCUAAGAUUCUGGACAUCAGGUAUGUUGAAUUAGCAACUGAUAAGGUAACCAACUGUCACCGCAAAUAUGUACUUAUUUGUUGAAAAAUUGCUGAGAUAAACUAUAUUAAAACAUACUUUCUUACUUAUCUCUUUACCGAAGACGACUUUAAUUGACCUUAUUUGUGUCAAGAAAAGCUUUGAAAAAAUUGUUUUUGAUUUGCCCCUUCUUGGCUUAAAUUUAUAAUAUCCAUCAUCUCACAAAUAUAAAGUGAAUUAUCAUCAUAGUAAUGGAAACAAUAUAGAUAGCGCUUUGAAAGGAUUAUUUCCAUGCAGAUCUGAUUAAUAUAUUAUCUUCUUUAAACAGAAAAAAAGUUGAUGUGAAUGAUAAAAUAUCUUCUUGCUGACAGUAAAUAAAAUUCAUAUUUUGCCUGCAUAAAUCUUUUUAAAGAUUGUUUUUUCUGUAUGAUUUAUAUAAUCAAUUAACUAUUCAUUAAGUGUGUGUCAUUUCUUUCUGGCAAAAGGAAACAUUAUUAAAGGCAAUCUUAUUCUAUGUUGGCAGUGACAAUCUAUGUAGUGAAAUGUGUGUUACAGUUGCAAUGAUGUUCUGACUGAAAAAAAUAAGUUUCAAAGUGUAGUUCAUAAUUAUGCAUUUUUUUUUACAAAACAUUUUACUUCUGUUCUUGAAAGUGUACAAAAAAAAGUAGUUUCAUUUAAUUGUUUCGAGUUCAUGAUAUAUAAAUAAUUUAUUCAAGCAGUCAUUGUGAUAAAUUAAUCAAGCAAAAGAGAAUAAUUUUGUUUAAGUAACACUUUAAACGAACUUUUCAUGCAGUGCAUUAUUAAACAGUUAUAAAUAGAUUAAAAUUGUUGGUUACAGUUGCAGAUAAGUAAGCUGUCUGUCACUUUCAUAAAACACAUAUGAUUUGAUAUUUAUACACAAGAAAUUUAAAUUGUGAUUUUCCUGUGAUCUUCUCAAAUGUAUGGUAAUGAAAUAAGUGCUUGCUUUUCUUGUGCAUGAUAGAACAUUGAUAUAAAAAUUGGCACUUAAAGUUUUUUUUAAUAUAUUAUUACAUAAUGUUUAACCUUUUAAGUUUGUGUAAAAGAAAAUUUUUCUUUUUUAAUUGAAUCUAAUACAUAAUGUUGUACAUUGUUUCUGCAGUUUUUUUGUGAUAAAAAAACAUGAAGUGAAGUAAUUUAGUUUCAUAUUUUGGUAUGUUUAACAAAAAUGAAAUAUCAUUUAAGAAGUUUGAGAAAAAUAGAAGAUAUUUAAAUUUUAUUACUAUUUAAAUUAAUGUUUUCACAAAUGCAUCUAUUAAUAAAUCAUAUGCCUGCUGUAAGUUGAUCAUAUUUCUACAGUAUUAUAUUUUACUUAAUUAAAGAUUUAUUUAGAGUAAGUGACUUGAUACAGCAUGCUCUUUUUUGUAUCAUAUGUUAUUAAGGGCCUAGUUUAAUUCAGAAUAAGUAUCAUCCUGUAAGUGAACUUUAUUCUUGUUAUUCUAAUCAGAGAUUUAUGGAAGAAGUCUGACAAAACACUAAAAUUCAUACUGGUGAAAAAUCUUUUUCUUGUAGUAUAUAAAAUAAGGGUUUUUCACCAAAAAAGUAAUCUGAUAAAAUAUAGUCGUGUUCAUACUGGUGAGAAGCCUUUCUCUUGUAGUAUAUGUAAUAAUAGUUUCUCUAACUGAGCAUCUGAAUAAACACAGUUGUGCUCAUACUGGAGAGAAACCUUCUUGUAGUAUAUGUAAUAAGAGUUUUACAGAAAAAAAGUAUUAUGACUAAACACAGUCGUGCUCUUACUGGUGAGAAGCCUUAUUCUUGUAGUACAUGUAAUAAGAGUUUUUCGCACAGAGGGACUCUGAAUAGACACAAUCGUGUUCAUACUGGUGAGAAGCCUUAUUCUUGUAGUAUAUGUAAUAAGAGUUUUUCAGAUAGAGAGACUCUGAAUGGGCACUGUCGUGUUCAUACUGGUGAGAAGCCUUAUUCUUGUUGUGAAUGUAAUAAAAUUUUUACACUAAAAAGUAGUCUGACCAAACACAGUCAUGUUCACACUGGUGAGAAACCUUGUUGUAGUUUAUGUAAUGGAAUUUUUUCUCUGAAAAGUAGUCUGACCAACCACAGUCAUGUUCACACUGGUGAGAAACCUUAUUCUUGUAGUAUAUGUAAUAAAAGUUUUUCACAAAAAGGUAAUCUCACUAGACACAUUAGUGUUCAUACUGGUGAGAAGCCUUAUUCUUGUAAUAUAUGUAAUAAAAAAUUUUCCCAAAAAAGUUCUCUUACUGUACACAAUUAUGUUCAUACUGGUGAGAAGCCUUAUUAUUGUAGUAUAUGUGAUGAAAUUUUUUCACGAAAAAGUAAUCUCACUAGACACAAUCGUGUUCAUACUGGUGAGAAGCCUUAUUCUUGUAGUAUAUGUAAUAAACGUUUUUCACUAAAAGGUAGUCUGACCAAUCACAGUCAUGUUCACACUGGUGAGAAGCCUUAUUCUUGUAGUAUAUGUAAUAAACGUUUUUCACUAAAGAGUAGUCUGACCAAUCACAGUCAUGUUCACACCUGUGAGAAACCUUAUUCUUGUAAUAUAUGUGAAAAAAGUUUUUCACAAAGAGGUCAUCUGAAAAAACACAGUCGUGUUCAUACUGGUGAGAAGCCUUAUUCUUGUAAUAUAUGUAAUAAAAGAUUUUCCCAAAAAAGUGAUCUGAAAAAACACAGUCGUGUUCAUUCUGGGGAGAAGCCUUAUUCUUGUAGUAUAUGUAUUAAAAAAUUUUCACAAAAAAGUUCUCUCACUGAACACAAUCGUGUUCAUACUGGUGAGAAGCCUUAUUCUUGUAGUAUAUGUAAUAAGAAUUUUUCAACUAGAGGGAUUCUGAAUAAACACAGUAUUGUUCAUAUUGGCGAGAAGCCUUAUUCUUGUAAUAUAUGUAAUAAAAAAUUUUCCAUAAAAAGGGAUCUCACUGCACACAAUUGUGUUCAUACUGGUGAGAUGCCUAAGCCUUAUUCUUGUAGUAUAUGUAAUGCAAGUUUUUCACAGAAAUGUCAUCUGAAAAAUCACAGUCGUGUUCAUACUGGUGAGAAGCCUUAUUCUUGUAAUAUGUGUAAUAAAAGUUUUUCACAAAAAUAUCAUCUGAAAAUACACAGUCGUGUUCAUACUGGUGAGAAGCCUUUUUCUUGUAAUAUAUGUAAUAAAAAAUUUUCACAAAAAAGUUCUCUCACUGAACACAAUCGUAUUCAUACUGGUGAGAAGCCUUAUACUUGUAGUAUAUGUAAUAAGAAUUUUUCAACGAGAGGGAUUCUGAAUAAACACAGUAUUGUUCAUACUGGUGAGAAACCUUAUUCUUAUAGUAUAUGUUAAAAAAAUGUUUCACCCAAAAGUCAUCUCACUACACAGGAUGAAUAAACACUAUCGUGUUCAUUCUGGCCCGAAGCCUUAAUCUUGUAGUAUAUGUGAUAA